CUUUUAUUUUGAAAAAGCGUUCUACGGGAAGUGAGAGUGAAAAUCCUGUAGGAUUCACGGAUAUCAUUAGGGAUUUUCCUUCAAUUCUUAUUUUUAUUUCGAAGCUGCUUUGCCUCAAGAAAAACAAGUGGACAUAACUAUUUUAACUAGCUAACAAAACACAACCCUGGCCAUGUCUGAGACAUACGACUUCCUGUUCAAAUUCCUAGUGAUUGGGAAUGCCGGAACUGGAAAAUCAUGUCUUCUUCACCAGUUUAUUGAGAAGAGAUUCAAAGACGAUUCGAAUCACACCAUCGGAGUGGAGUUUGGCUCAAAGAUAAUCAACGUGGGGAACAAAUAUGUCAAACUCCAAAUCUGGGACACUGCAGGACAAGAGAGAUUCAGAUCUGUGACGCGGAGUUACUACAGAGGCGCUGCAGGAGCGCUGCUUGUGUAUGACAUCACCAGCCGGGAAACCUACAACGCCUUGACCAACUGGCUGACAGACGCCAGGAUGCUGGCCAGCCAAAAUAUUGUCAUCAUCCUGUGUGGUAACAAGAAGGACUUGGACGCAGACAGGGAGGUCACCUUCCUGGAGGCGUCUCGCUUUGCUCAGGAAAAUGAGCUGAUGUUUCUGGAGACCAGUGCUCUGACAGGGGAGAACGUGGAGGAGGCCUUUGUGCAGUGUGCUAGGAAAAUUCUCAACAAGAUAGAGUCGGGAGAGUUGGACCCGGAGCGGAUGGGAUCAGGGAUCCAGUACGGAGACGCGGCGCUGCGACAGCUGCGCUCCCCUCGCAGGGGACAGGCCGAGAGCGCCCAGGAAUGUGGCUGUUAGUGAACAAGCUCAGUGUGCCCAGAUCAAAGGCAGGUUGGUGAAGACUCAGAUGACAGAUGUAGGGAACAUGAUACAUCGUGGCCGAGUGACUCCUCCCUGACCUUUUUCUAACUUCCCAACUUCCGGGUGUUCCAUCAGUGAUCCAUAGAGAGCCCUGGAUUUCUGGCCCCAAUCUGGAAUGCUGAGCUUGUUCCUGGACCCCUCAGACACAGGCAGAGAUGCCCCUGUUCCAAUCUCCUCUAAGAGUGGACCAAGCCCUUCAAUCAUCUAGGCCGUAUUCAUAAUGCGUCUCUAAGUCAGAGUGCUGAUAUUAUUUAUUUUUCCUCUUAGAUCAUAAUGAAUAAGACAACAUGGACAAGGGGACCUGAUCCUCGAUCAGCACACUUAAUCAGAGACGCUAAAUGAUUACGGGCCCUGGAAUUUUACUUACACCCCUGUACUGCUGCCCUAUCCCUACCCACAGCAUCUUGCAUUAUGUACAGUACUAUCUGUAUAAAGAAUAUAUAAUUUAAGUACCUCAAAGCAUGUUUUAUGGACUGAAUAUCACAGUAUUUCAUUAUUUGCUGAAGAAUAAUCAAUCAAUUUUGACAUCACAUUUUCCUUUGUCAUGUUACGGUGAGAAUUAUCAAUCAGGACUGUCUCACACCUGCUGGUUGCAUCGACCUGUUUGUCAUGUUACGGUGAGAAUUAUCAAUCAGGACUGUCUCACGCCUGCUGGUUGCAUCGACCUGUUUGUCAUGUUACGGUGAGAAUUAUCAAUCAGGACUGUCUCACGCCUGCUGGUUGCAUCGACCUGUUUGUCAUGUUACGGUGAGAAUUAUCAAUCAGGACUGUCUCACGCCUGCCGUUUCAUUGACCCGUUUGUCAUGUUCUUUGUGUUGAUAUUAUUAGUUGUUUUCCCUAAUUGUUAUGACUCAUGCUUUUAAAAAUGUAUUCUCAAUAAUAUAGCUACUCUUUUUUUUUUAAAUAAAGUAUAACAAAAUGGUGUAAAUUGUGACAA